GAGACUGCAUUCAGAGCCUGACGUUCAUUCAAUAGAGCGAUCAUAAGCGGGCUGUCUGUCUGGCGGACUCUUGCCUUUCCCUCCCUCACUCCUGCCACUUGAGGUUGUGUCUUCUGUUUCGCUGGAGGGAAACACUUAAGGAUGUUAAAUCAGAGAAUCUUUCCAGGAAUGGUUUUACUCCUGAUGUUUUUCUGCCACUUCAUGGAAGAUCAAACAGCACAGGCUGGGAACUGCUGGCUCCGGCAAGCCAGAAACGGCCGGUGUCAGGUCCUCUACAAAAAUGGUCUCAGCAAAGAAGAGUGCUGCAAAACUGGGAGGCUCACCACUUCAUGGACUGAGGAGGACGUCAGUGACCACGUGCUCUUCAAGUGGAUGAUCUUUAGUGGGGGCGCCCCUAAUUGCAUCCCAUGCAAAGAAACCUGUGAGAAUGUGGACUGCGGGCCUGGGAAGAAAUGUAAAAUGAGCAAGAAGAACAAACCACGGUGUGUCUGCGCUCCGGAUUGCUCUAACAUCACAUGGAAGGGCCCAGUGUGUGGCUUGGAUGGGAAAACCUACAAGAAUGAGUGUGCCCUUCUGAAGGCCAGAUGCAAAGAGCAGCCUGAACUUGAAGUCCAGUAUCAGGGCAAAUGCAAAAAGACCUGUAGGGAAGUUUUAUGUCCAGGCAGCUCCACAUGUGUGGUCGAUCAAAAUAAUAAUGCCAACUGUGUGACAUGUAAUCGGAUUUGCCCAGAACCUACUUCCCCUGAACAGUAUCUCUGUGGGAAUGAUGGAAUUACAUAUGCAAGUGCCUGUCAUCUGAGGAAAGCUACCUGCCUGCUUGGAAGAUCCAUUGGCCUAGCUUAUGAAGGAAAAUGUAUCAAGGCCAAAUCUUGUGAAGACAUCCAGUGCAGUCCUGGAAAGAAAUGUCUGUGGGAUUUUAAAGUGGGCAGAGGACGGUGUGCCCUUUGUGACGAGCUGUGCCCCGAAAGCAAGUCGGACGAAGCUGUCUGUGCCAGUGAUAACACCACUUACCCGAGCGAGUGUGCCAUGAAGGAAGCAGCCUGUUCCCUGGGUGUGCUUUUGGAAGUAAAGCACCCAGGAUCUUGCAACUCCAUCAAUGAAGAUCCUGAGGAAGAGGACGAAGAGGAGGACCAGGACUACAGCUUUCCUAUAUCUUCCAUUCUAGAGUGGUAAAAACUUCCAUCACCUUUGGAACAGCCAUUGGGCAAGAAAUACAAUGUCCAUACUGUACAUAAGUGUAUGCUUAUUUAUUUGGGGAAGAAAAAAGUAUACAUAUAGUUGAAUCUUGUAGACAUUUAUUUAUACUGUGUCAUGUUUUAUAAUUUAUACAUAAAAUGUCUGAUUGACUGUACACCUUUUAUUAUUUUUUGGGGGGGGAGAAAUUUAAUCGUUAUGGGAUGAGCAGUGUUAUUUAUUGUGAGGUCUCUUGCUUGUAAAGUAAAGCUUUUUUUCUUGUAAACUAUAAAUCCAUUCCUUAGAGCUUAAUUCCCCUUCUCCACACAACUCUCAUCUCUUGGUUUCUGCCAGCGUUAACUCUCUUCCACCUUAACAAAACUUUGCAUGUCAGUUUCUGUCACACUUUUAUUUAUUACCUUUCAUUCUUGCCGGUUAUGUAUAUACAUCCAUGGUCCCUCGGGUAUUUGUUUACAAGGAAUCUUGACUGACCAAAAGGCGCUGUAAACAGACUUAACUAUAUAUUUGGGGUGCAGUGAGGCAAUCUUUAAGGAAUCCUCUUCCCCUUGGUUAUGUUCUUCUUCUGAUUGUAUCAUGUACUGAGGUGAUCUCAAAGUACUGGGCGUUUAUACUGUACUAUGAGAAUCCAGACCCAAAGAUCGGAUUAUGAAGGCUGUUAAUAGUUAUGUGACUACAUGUAAUGAGAACAUACUUUAAAAAUUCAUUGUCACAAGUAUUAAUGUUUUAUUAGGUAUGUCCUUGCAGAUGCUGCUGCAGUUCCAUUUUUGAAAGUUCGUUUUGUUUCUCAUUCAAAGUGUUCACAGAAUAUUAUAUCAAAGCUUUAUCAGUUCAAGUUUCUUGCUUUUCAUAAUACUUUUUUUCUGAGGCAAUUUUAUAUUUUCAAACAUGGCGAGUUAAAUAUAAAUUCAUUUAAAUAUAUAGUUUUGUACUUUUCUACCAUGUAAAUGUGCAAUGUAUAUAAAAGUUAUA